AUGGUAAAGGCUAUUGCAUUCCCCUUGAGGCCCUUUACCAUCAAAAUAAUUUUCUUGGCAUGUAUUCUUUUACUGUCCUUGCAGCUGAUAUUUUUUUAUUCCUCGAGUAUUGACGUUUCCAAUUUAGUUGGUCGAAUAAGUAAUUCAAAAAGUGUGAUCAGCAGUGGUAAACAUGCUCCUGUUGAUCGAUCGGAGGCAUUUGGUGAUAUGGGUCGUGCAGUUGUUAUACCUGCAUCAUUACAAGCAGAAUCGAAACGAACAUUUCAUGUGAAUGAAUUUAAUCUGGUUGCUAGCGAUUUAAUUGGUCUUCAUCGUAAUUUAAAUGAUUUUCGUCAUGCCAGUUGUCCACGUGUUAUACCUAUAGGCAAAUUGAUCCCCUACAAAACCAGUGUCAUCAUUGUAUUUCAUAAUGAAGCUUGGUCAACAUUGCUACGUACUGUACAUUCUGUUCUUGACCGUACACCAUCAGAAUUACUUGAAGAGAUUAUUCUUGUCGAUGAUGCUAGUACUCAAGAACAUUUAGGUCAACAAUUAGAUAAUUAUGUAAACAAGUUAAAUCAACAUGUACACGUUGAACGAAUGCAUAAUCGUAGUGGACUUAUCCGUGCAAGAUUACAAGGCGCAAAAAUUGCUAAAGGCAAAACAUUAACAUUUUUAGAUGCACAUUGUGAAGUAACUAUUGGUUGGUUAGAAACACUACUUGUACAUAUUGCUGAGAAUCCUAAACGUAUAGUCUGUCCUAUUAUUGAUGUUAUUAAUCAUGAUACAUUUGAAUAUCUACUUGUUGAAAGUAAUAUGCAUAUCAUUUGCAUAAAUUAUCAUCAGCUUAGUAGACGUGUAAGUUGA